CAUUUUGCAAGAGUUAAUAAUCAUUCAGAUUCUGUGCACUUUAAAAAGUCAUUCAUCAAUCCCCGUAAUCCGCGAAUCCGACGUUAGUUCGUAGACAUCAUUCACCAUUCGGUCAGUCAACCGAUAACGCGCGAAAGUUGUACACGUUUGUAUUUCGUAGUUUAAAUUAAUUACGAAAUAAAAUCGGAUUUGUGCAACAUUUGAUUUAAAAUUAUUAAGUUGCAAAGAUUUACGCAAAAUUAAUUGGUUACUGAAUUUAUUGUUUGACUAGUCAUUAAUAGAUUCUUAUUUUUAAAUAAUUUAAUUUUGUGUUUGUUAAACAACAACUUUUGGGGUUUCGAAAUUUGAAUUGCGUACUCGUUUGUAUUGUGUUUUACAUUUAUUUGGAAAAAUGAGUCUUAGCCGAUUGUGUCGUGUUGUGAGGUGUGAUUUAGUGAAAGUCCAGUCAUCUAGUGCGUUGGUUUCGAAACUUUGGGGACCUUGUGCUCCGAGGGAAGUGAGCACAUGCAGUACGCAACGAGCAAGCGUUGCACAACAUAGUUCAAAGCCAGAUUGGAACAGAGCAGUUAGUGAGGCGGAGAAGAUUGUCGGAUAUCCAACCUCCUUCCUGAGUCUCCGAUGGGUUUUGAGCGACGAGAUUGCGAAUGUGGCGCUGCACCUACGCAAGUUGGUUGGAAGCAACCACCCUUUGUUAAAAACGGCUAAGAAUCUGAUCUACAAUGGAAAGAACAACAUGCAAGCCUGGGGUCUCAUUGUGCUACUGGUGUCGAAGGCAGCUGGACAUAGCCCUGAGAUACCAGAUAUGGAGCAGGACAAAGCUGCUGGAGUGUUGCACAGCCAACGAGCCUUAGCAGAAGUGACGGAGAUGAUUCGGACCUCUCACCUGGUGCACAAGGGCCUGGUCAACAUGAACUCCCGUCAACCCAUAGCCGCUGAGCCUGAUGACAUGAUGUUUGGCAACAAGAUCGCUUUGCUGAGCGGAGACUAUCUGCUCGCUAACUCCUGUUCUGAGCUGGCUAAUUUGAGAAAUCAAGAGCUGGUAGAGCUGAUGUCAUCAGCAGUGCGAGAUCUGGCUGAAGCAGAGUUCCUCGGUGAGAGGGAUGAGCAGAACAAUCCGUUGCCUUCCAGACCACUUCCAAAAGACCAGAUAGAAGAAGCUACAGAAUGGGAUAUAAUAACCGAUCCUCUACCAAUGGGUGGAGUGAUCGGCUGCGCUGGUCGUGAAUGGUCAGCUCGUCAUGUGCUGGCUGCUGGAGCACUGCUGGGCAAGAGCUGUUCGGCUGCACUGAAGCUGGCUGGACAUAAACCUCAGUUGCAGACACAGGGCUACCUCUUCGGCUGUCACCUUGCCCUGGCGUGGCAAGCGUUCCUCGAUCUGGAAGCGUUCACAGGGCCUGAACCAGCGAGCUUCUCCCUGGUGGGAGCACCCUUAGCCUUCACGUUAGAAGCUCGACCUGAACUCUACGAGUACAUCGAGGCUGGCAAGAAGAGUGUCCAGGAUGUUGAUUACCAUGCUCUAUACAAGGCAGUAUUAGCAGGCGAUGGUCUGGAGCAGACAAAGCGUCUCCAGCGGGAACACAUCGCGCGCGCCGUGCACGUACUGGACAGUUUCCCAGACUGCGAUGCCAGGACCGCACUCGCCAACAUCAUCGUCGCCAUGCACCACGACCAUCUAUAACAGCUAUGCCAUCUUGUAACAAUUACACCAUGUAACAUUCAUGUCAUAUUGUAACUUUCAUAUAUGUUUGUCAUUUUGUAUCGUUCGUGUCUCGACAACAACACCACUAUCACAUUACAUGCACCAUGGCCCUUCAUGUCGUAUUGUAAUAUUAAUAUCAUGCUGUCACAUUCAUACAUGUCGUUAUGUAACAUACAUUCUCGCAAUAUUGUGUAACAUAUUGUAACAUCUUGUAAUAUUCAAAAAAAUCACCUUGCAACAUAUCAUGAUGUAUCCACUAGCAUCCAUAUAUUUAUCAAUUAUGAUGAGUUUCAAUCCAUUGCUGGAUAUAAAUAAAAUUGUUUUCAUAGCAAGCAAUUUGGUUCGACCUUUAGUUCUUCCUACUACUACUAGUUACAUCGUCUAGGUUUAUGAGAGACAUGUACUAUUCGAUCUUUGUCUAAUCUAUAAACCCUGAGGUCUUAUUAAAACACCUGCGAGAAGAGCAGAGAUGGUGACUAAUUUAACCUAGCCGGUCAUGGCUAACGGGCUUAAUUUGUAGCUUUCAUUAAAGUCAUCUUGUAACAUUCAAAACACAUGUCACUUUGUAACAUAAUACAUUCGUAUCAUUAUGUAACAUUCAUAAUUAUCAUUAUAAGUAUUCGUUUAAGGGGCCUAAAUCGAAUAGGCAAUUACAUAACACUAUACAUUUGUACCUGACAUCUAUUUUUUUUUUAUUUUAAAUUUCUAAAAAAUAUUACCAUUAUGUCACAAAACGUAACAUCGAACAAUUACUCUAUCUGUUCUACAUAUUUAUGUUGGUAUCAGCAAUUUAUCCAUUGUCCAUUUUGACAAUAUUGACUUAUCUGUUUAAUCUAAUCAGAAAAGUGAGUAGGCACGUAUGUAUGUAUGUAGAUCAUAUAAUUAUAAUAUACCUACAUUCACUUCCUACGUUCAUUGAGAGCUUUGAAAAUGUAUCAAUAGAAUUACGAACUAAUUUUCCUCCUCUUCUUCCUAUGUAACUUUCAGUAGGUACCUAUCUGAGACAUAUAGUAGCUCCUUCAUCAUAAUAUACUACAUCAGUUUUUAGUGUUCUGUGACUUAUUUCCUUAGAAAUAAGGUCAAUAUUACUAAUUCCAAAAAUAAAAUGAAUCAGUUCUCUGACUCAAGCUGACCUCUUUAAUUUAAACCGAACAAUUACUCAGUUUUGCAAUUGAACUUAAGUAAGUAACUUAACUAUACAACCAGUGUAACUUUGUAAGAAUGCUUUCAGCUUUGAGUACCCUUAAGUUUUACCUAAGUAAGUAAGUACCCUCAAAUUAAGUCAAAUACGGAAAAGGGCAAAGAAAACUAUUUUAAAAUACGUAUGAGACAUUUCAAUGUAGAAAAUGACUUGAAAAUAUUUAAAAACAGUCUAGGUAUCCACUAUUGCAAAAUUACUCUUAGGUACUGCCAUUAUAAGUUCAGGUGGUUUCAAGUUUGUACCUAUGAUCAUAAAUUAAUAAUUGUUUUUACGUUAGAAGUGUGUAUAGAUAUUUAUCUAAAAACAAACCAAUAAAAGUUCAAGUAUGAAAUAGUAGAAAACCGCUUGACCGCUAAAACAACGCUUGCGUUGUGUUUCGUCGUGUGAGUGAGGUUACCGGAGGCCCAACUACCCCCCACCCCCUCCA